AUGAACGAUUUACAAGAGAGGGCCGGAAAGUAUAUAAAGGCGGAGGAAAGUUUGAGGAAAUCCCAGAACAAUCAGGGACCGAAUACCAACUUCAAAAAGCGUGGGAAUGAUACGGAGUAUAAUGCUGAGAAUAAGUACUCCCGGAAGGAAGAUGAAGAAAAAUCGCCUGCUAAAAAGAAGAUGGGGCCGAGAUUUACUGAGUAUGCCAGGCUUAACGCUCCGAGGAGUCAAAUCCUGUUGGAAAUUGAGAAGGAUGAAAGUGUUAGAUGGCCGAAGCCAAUAAGGACCGAUCCGGAGAAACGCAACAAAGAUUUAUACUGUCGAUUCCACAAAGAUACAGGACAUAAGACUGAUGAUUGCCGGCAGUUGAAGGAUGAGAUUGAGUUCUUGAUCCGAAGAGGCAAGUUAUCCAAAUUUACCAAGGAUGGAGACAAGAAUCAUCGAGACAGUGAUAAUCGCGGAAGAGACAACGAUGACAAAAGAACUCAGCCUCGAGGGCCUGUUAUUAAUGUAAUCUCCGGAGGACCUACGGCUGCAGGCACUUCAAGCAAUUCAAGAAAGGCUUAUGCAAGGGAAGUGAUGAGUAUAGUUGGAGAACCCCCGAAGCGGGCAAAAAUUGACUAUGCAAUGGCAUUCGAUAACGUCGACCUUGAGAAGGUAAAAUUCCCCCAUGAUGACCCCUUAGUAAUUACACCAGUGAUUGGAAACUCGUCCGUAAAAAGAGUGCUCAUUGAUAAUGGAGCCUCGGUGGAUAUUUUGUUCUAUGAUGCCUAUGAAAAGAUGGGAUACUCCGAUAAUCAACUAACACCCUCGGAUAUGCCUAUAUAUGGCUUCAACAAUGUGGAAACCAAGAUUGAAGGCAUGAUCCAACUCCCUGAAGAUUUGAAACAAGAGUUUGUGAGGUUCUUGAGGAACAACCGUGAUGUUUUCGCUUGGACAGCAGCUGAUAUGCCAGGUAUCGACCCCUCAUUCAUAACACAUAAGUUGAAUGUAAACCCCACGAGGAAACCUAUUAAACAGAAGAAAAGGAACUUCGCCCCUGAAAGGCAAGAAGCCAUUAAACAGGAGGUCGAUAAGUUGCUGGAAGCAGGUUUUAUCGAAGAAAUACAAUUUCCAGAAUGGCUAGCUAACCCGGUUAUGGUCAAGAAGGCCAAUGGAAAGUGGAGGAUGUGUGUAGACUUCACUGAUCUGAAUGAUGCUUGUCCUAAGGAUUGCUUCCCUCUUCCAAGGAUAGACACGUUAAUAGAUGCCACCGCUGGCCAUGAGAUGUUGAGCUUCAUGCAUGGCUUUAGCGGAUAUAAUCAGAUCCGGAUGGACAAGGACGAUGUACCCAAGGCCUUUGAAGUCCUGAGGACGCAUAAGAUGAUGUUAAACCCGGCCAAGUGUGCCUUUGGGGUUGGUUCCGGGAAGUUUCUCGGUCUAAUGGUCUCCAAACGUGGUAUCGAGGCCAACCCUGACAAAAUAAAAGCUAUCCUUGACAUGGAACCUCCCAAAAGCGUAAGGGAUGUACAAAAGCUAACAGGAAGGAUUGCGGCCCUAGGAAGAUUUGUGUCCAAGUCAGGAGACAAGUGCUUACCUUUCUUCAAAGCAUUAAAGAAGGUUAAGAACUUUGAAUGGACGGAUGAGAGCCAAGUAGCUUUUGAAGAAUUGAAGAAGUACAUGGCAGAACCACCUCUUCUAUCGAAACCCAUUGAUGGUGAAACCCUGUAUGUGUACUUAGCUGUCUCGGAACAAGCGCUAAGUGCCGUCUUGGUUCGGGAGGAAUCCAAAGUCCAGAAACCAGUAUACUAUGUGAGCAAGCUAGACUUUCCAACCACUAAUAAUGAGGCAGAGUAUGAGGCAUUGAUAGCUGGGCUUGGCCUCGCCAGAACCUUGAGGGUAAAGAAUUUGAAGAUGGCACUAUUCGAAGAAUGCUUGGUAGAGUAUGUGCCAAGGGAGGAGAACACCAAGGCUGAUGCCCUGUCGCAAUUUGCAUCUUCCGACGAUGAGGUAUGCUCAGGAAGCGUUUACUAUCAGGUUUUGAGAACCCCGAGUAUCGAAGCAAAGUUAGUUGCCCCCAUUGACACAGGGGCCACUUGGAUGGAUAAAAUUAAGUCGUACUUACGAAGCGGACAUCUGCCACCUAAUGCUGAUGAAGCACGAAAAUUACAGGUAAGGGCCCUUAAAUAUGUACUCAUUGAGGGAAUCUUAUAUAGAAAAUCGUUUGUGAUCCCUUACUUGAGAUGUCUGAGGCCUGAUGAGGCUCGAGAAGCCCUUAGAGAAGUUCAUGAAGGGGUAUGUGGCCAACACCUUGGUGGAAGAGCAUUGGCUCAUAAAGUGACCCGCCUUGGAUUCUAUUGGCCAGACAUGCUGAAGCACGCUCAAGACUAUGUGAAAAAGUGUGAUCGUUGUCAAAGGUUUGCACCUGUUGUACGACAGCCACCUGAGAUGCUGACAUCUAUCAAUACUCCUAUUCCCUUCGCAAUGUGGGGGAUGGACAUUCUUGGACCGUUUCCACUUGCUAGCGCGCAGAGAAAGUUUCUAUUGGUUGCGAUUGAUUAUUUCACCAAAUGGAUUGAAGCCAAGCCGUUGGCCAAGAUAACCACCAAGCAAGUUGCUCAAUUCGUGUGGGAAAACAUUAUCUGCAGUUGCCCAUCCUCAAGCUAA